AAGAAUUCUGGAGAUUCAAAAGUUCUUGUACACACUACGAGCGAAUCACCACAGAGAUGUCAGCCCUUAUGUUUUGGUUGAUGUGCUACAUUGUAUGUUUAGUGAUUCCUGCUUUUACUACACAGUCCACCAGUUCCAGUGGGUGGAGUGGUCAGCCAUCCGCCAGGUCACCAGCAGUGGGGAACACCACAGUUAUGCCACCCCCCAGUUCAGCCUCCAGAGGAACUAAUCUCUUUAACACUUCAUAUAACUUGACCUAUAUUGAUGAUCCAAAAACCUGGAUUAAAGCUCUGCAACACUGUCGGGAUCGUCACAAGACUUUAGUGCACAUUGUAAACUCUACAGUGCAGGAGUACAUCACACAGAUGCUGCAGGGUAAGAUCUAUCCAAACGGCGUGUGGAUUGGGCUUGAGAGGAACAUGCUCUUCCCGUGUGCCCCAUGGAUGUGGACUGGUGGACCCUACGUGAACUAUUCUGAGUGGAAUUCUAGCUUUCCAGUGGACCCCACCAGUCAAUACUGUGGCAAGCUGGUUGGCAAUGGAAGCAAAUGGCUGGAUUCUUAUUGCAGUGAGGAGCUUCCUUUCAUCUGUCAGGAUUAGAUCACUAGGAGGAGCCACUACACAGGAAAAAGGACUUUAGUGAAACAGUGAAAUAAUGUUGGAGCUCAAGAAUCCAGCUGAGAAGAAGCUCUGCUGCCUGACAAACAGCUGUUAAGAAGUGUU